AUGAAACCGUCGAUUGUUAUUGCCGGACUCGAUCAGGAAUUUCUCGGUGAAAUUCUUCAAGAAUUAACUGGAGAGUCGAAAACGAUCGACAACAAUCCAAUAGAAUGGACUAUCGACACAAAAUAUUACACUGCCGAUGUUCAUCUAUGCCCAGUGAAUACCAAAAUGCUCGUAGAAGAAUCAGUCGCUAAUUCUGCACAGAUGCUUAUCGUAUUAAUUGAUCCAGUUCAAAUCAAUAGUCGUACCAAACUCGAUAGUUGGCUUCCAUUUUUCAGUGUUCUCAGCGAUUGUGAAGCGAAAUUUGUCGUUGCUCGAAGCAUCAGUGCAAUAGCUGAAACAAUUUCCAAAACAGAUAUAAAACAAUGGUGUACAGAACAUGGUUAUGAAUUACUUGAAUUAGAAAAAAGUGCCACAUCAGAAACAGAUGAUGAUGACGAAGACGAAAACACACAUCUCUAUCGGGACGUCUAUGGUGUGCCACGUUUGAUGCAAACGCUUCACGUUCAUCAAUGGCCGAAUAUGAAUUUGAAAGGUAGGAUGAAACUCUUCUCAAUGACGCUUAGAAACACGAUGAUUCUCGAUGACGAGUGA